ACAUGCACAACCAGCUGGACUUCGUCUUACUAUAACGUGAAAUGUUGAACGUGAAACUUCCGUAUCGGGAAUUCCCAUUUCCUAGGCUGUUCCCGUACCACUCGGUAUCUCUUGCCUUACCGUUAGCACCAUCAGAUUUACUUGCGUAACUCAGCAUGUCAGUGGUGGAUGCAACACCUUUGUCAGUAAUAUGUUCGAAUUUAUAUGAGGUAUCGCGACUUUGUUUGGCAAAUUUAACAGGUAUCCAUACGUGUCAAUCCUAAAUUAUUGUGUUAAUAUACAUAUAUCGGAGUAUUGUCAUUACCAGAUACCAUGUCGAUAUUUUCUACAGCAAGGCUUUGUUUUGGGAAAGGAUUCCGCUACAACCAAGUACUUUUGAAAAUCGAUGUGAAAGAAAUCACAGCGAGGCCACUCACCAAAAGAACCAUCAAAACAUGCAGCAGAAACAACAAAAAAUUUAAUGAACCGUUGCAUGGAAGCGACCUGGCUCGUCCUGCAGGUAUCGCAAGUAUGAUGAGAUUGCCAAUUGCAACGAAUACAGACGGCCUUGAUGCUUGUUUUGUUGGGGUACCAAUUGAUCAUGCAACAUCCAACAGAUCGGGAACGAGAUUUGGUCCCAGGCACAUACGAGUCGAAUCAGCAAUCGUUCGCAAAUAUAAUUACGAAACAAGAGCGGACCCAUUUUCUUCUCUUCAGGUCGCAGACAUCGGUGACGUGAAAGUGAAUCUUUUUCAUUUGAAAAAAUGUGUGGACGACAUAAGAGAACAGUACAGAGAAAUCAUUAAAAAUGGCUGCAGACCACUAACUUUAGGUGGAGAUCAUUUGAUAUCAUACCCAAUAUUACAAGCGAUAGGCGAGAAAUAUGGUCCAGUAGCCAUGGUACACAUCGACGCACAUUCGGACUGCGCUGACUCGUUUGGCGGAGAAAAAUUAGCUCAUGGUACCCCCUUUAAAAGAGCAAUGGACGAAAAUUUGUUAGAUUGCAAAAAAGUCGUCCAAAUCGGGAUUCGCGGUUCAGUGGGGGCUGGAAUGGACGAUUAUGAUUAUCAAUUGCAAAAAGGAUUCAGAAUAGUUCAUGCAAAAGAAUGUUGGUUUAAGUCGAUGAAACCUCUUAUGGCUGAAAUCAGAGAGACCAUUGGAGAUACUCCCACAUAUUUGAGUUUUGAUAUAGACGGUCUUGAUCCAAGUUUUGCUCCAGGAACUGGUACACCAGAAAUAGGGGGUCUGACGUCACACCAGGGCAUGGAAAUUAUACAGGGUUGUCGUGGACUCAACAUAGUCGGUGCAGAUUUGGUUGAAGUCUCUCCGCCCUACGAUACAACAGGAACUACUGCACUCACCGCCGCUAACCUUCUGUUUGAAAUGCUUUGCGUACUUCCCGGAGUUAAAUACCACGACUGAAAGUUUUGUCAUGACGAGCAAAACCGACAAAGUUAAUUCUGUCAGACCACAAGCCCUUUACAUGUGAUUUGUCUGUUUGCAAUAUAAUUUGGUUGAAAUUAUACAAUAUGAAUUUAAUGGCACUGGAAAGUUCGUCUAAUAACAAGACUUCAAUUUUUUAAAACUGGUUCCGAGGAAUUGUGCAGCUUAUUGCGACUUUCUGUUAUAUAUAUAUAUUUCAUUAUUUAUUGAGAAAAAUCGCUGGUUUGGAUAGUAUUUUUUCCCUAAAUUUUCUAUUUUAAGCACGAUUUGAUGCAGUUUAUGAUUUUGGGCGCUUGUGACUAAACUUGCCCCAAUCAAUCCCUCAUAUAUAUAAUUAUACAAUGCCAUUUUUCGACUAGAUGCACGUGAUAUGUAGUAAAGUUUUUUUUACAAUUGUACAACAAUUUUCUCGCUUUUUUAUGAUGUAUGAUCCGAAUGGAGUCGUGAACAGAUCUCCAUGUCUUCUUCGACAGUUUGUAA